AUGAGUGCGGAACUGAAAGCGAUCAGAGAAAGCCUCAACCUAAUCUCCCUAUACAACGUAAGAAAAGCAGUAAUAUGCACAGAUUCACUAAGCUCUAUCACACUUCUCUCACAAAAGGAUACUAUCACGGACAACCUGGAAUUAGAAGAAGUUCACCAUUUCCUCGCCCAAAAUAAAGACCUAAUAUUGACAUGGACCCCAGGUCAUGAGAAUAUCGCAGGCAAUGAGAUGGCUGACAAACAAACCAAAGACCUCCAUAACGCCACAGACUUCUCUAAAGAAUUAAUCCACUACUCUAACUACCAACGACUAACCAAAAGUUCAGUAUUGAAACAGUGGCAAAGAGACUGGACUGAGAGCACACAAACUAAGGGAGCCAGACUAGGAUCAAUCCAACCGGUCAUCUCAAUGGAAGCCUGGUUCAGCCGUAUAAUAUUAAGUAAGAAAGCUACCAACAUAAUAUCCAGAAUGAGAAUCGGCCAUGGGUUAUUCCCAGAACAUCUCAACCGAAUCAGAUUGAAAGAUAAUGAUAAAUGCACUUGUGGCCAGAUAGGAACUAUCGACCACAUCCUCCUCCACUGCACAAAAAUCAAACAACCUACAAAUAUCUACAACCUCAUGAGAACUCCGGAUCCUCAAGUGAUAAUUGACUCCAAAACUAUCUUAGCAAGAACUGAAAUCGAACUAUACCAGGAACUAGAAUCCCACAUAAUCAGUAAUCAAAUCUCAUGUUAA